GCGGUAUAUGAAUCCCUCAUUGGAGAACCGCUGAUAAUGAGGCUAUUGUGUUUUCUAUGGUUACAUGCAAUCAUAUGAUCAAGUUUUUUGAAACGGCGGGUCCGCCUCCAACACAGGAGGCUACAAACUUGAACCGAAAGUAGGUUAUGAGUUUUUUCUCAAGAAGAGUCGCUACCUUCGCCUCGAAAGAAGCUGAAAGCUGCUCACUGCUGUGUGGACGCCUCUGAUCUGUCCGCAAUUGCACCUCACCAGACAUUUCAGUGACAAUCCCUCAAGUACAAAGGACAGAUGACAGAGCAGAUACAGCCUCUGCGUCCCUCCAGCACAUUGUCGUAAUGUUGUUAAAUCUUUAUUAAAAUCUCAAGCUGCUGCUUAAGCGACAUGGAGUCUCAAAGUGGACUGAGCAGCAGAUGACCGACCAGACAGGAGUCAGUGAUGGAGGAUCUGUCAGAGAUAAGUGGAGGAACUGGUGCAACCGGUGGUCAAGAAGAGGAUUCUUCUUUGUAGGAUGGUCAGAGACAAUCUUAAUAAAACAGUAGUACAGAGCCAAAGACAGAACCGCACAGCUGAGACACAGAGCCAAAGUCAGUCACCUGAAGAGCCUGCAAGACACGAACAAGCACAAAGCCAAAAGAGAGUUAAUCCAGAGAGCCAAGAGCCAACAGAGAGGCAACUAGAUUUACUGCACUGGAGCAAAUUCAACUUCGAGGAGGAACCUGAAACCUGGCACCAGUCAUUGACUGGAGCUGAUGCUGAGAGCUUGCCCACACACCUCCGUCCAUUCAGCUGCGCGGCAGAGUACAAGCUAGUGAAACACACUUACCAGCAGCUCCAACACAGUGGUUACUACUGGGGAUCAAUGACCAUGGAGGAAGCACACGAAAUACUCACACAGGCACCACUGGGAACCUUUCUGAUCAGAGACAGCGGCCAGCCGGAUGUUUUCUUCACUCUGAGUUACCAAAGCGAUGAUGGGCCGACUAGUGUUCGUAUCCAGCUGAACAACCUGCUCUUCAGUCUCUAUGGCAGCCACAGGACUUUUGCUUCACUCUUUGACCUGCUCACAUAUUACACUGGCUCAUCCUGUAAGUUGACAGCACCCUAUCGCAAGCAGCGUCCGGAGUGCCUGAAGCAGAUUUGCAGGAGGGCUCUUAUACGCACAUAUGGAGCAGAAAACAUGAGCACCUUGCCUGGACUCAGUACUCAAGUUAAAGACUAUGUUCGUACGUACCCUUGUUCUAUAUAGAAACACGUGUGGACAGAGCACCUGUUACUGGAUGAAUAUGUUGUUUGUAUUAUUAUGAGUAAAAAAAAUUAUCUGUAAUUGUGUUAUGUUAUUUACAAUAACACAAAUACAGCUUGAGUAUUUGAUCUGCAAGUUGUUCAAGGAAUAUUUCCACACAUCAAAAGAGCAUGUGUUAUCAUUUUUUAAUUAAUAACAAUGGAAACCCACAUUUAUUAUUGUUGUUAUUAUUAUUUUUAUUUUUAUUAUUUUCAACAAAUCCUGUAUAACUGAUGCACCACUGCCUCCAUGAUACAUAUCAGUUUUUAACGUCCGUAAAUGUAAAAUUAGCUGCCUGAUUUGAACGAAGGUACUGUAGUGUUGGUCUCCAUCAACUCCUAAAAUAUUUCUCUAAUGCAUCGUUGCUGGAUGUAUAACUUUCUUUCCAGCUAGAGAGUAGCUACUAUAGGUAACUUUAUCUUCUCCCUGCCUGGCUGCAACGGAAGGGAUUGAUGAGAGCAGCUAAAACUCAAUUAUGCUGUAAAUGCUGUAAAAACAAAAACCUAAAAGAGGCUCAGAAAGUUCCACAGAGCAGUAGAUUUGGUGAUUAAAUAAAAUAAUGGUUUCAAAUGACCUGUGGUAGAGUUGGUGAUUAAAUAAAAUAAUGGUUUCAAAUGACCUGUGGUAAUGUAAUUCAGUUGUAAUAUAACAGUAUUGAUUAAUGCAGUUUAAUUAUUCAUCAACACUUGAAAACAUUUUACACGUGUACUUAGUAUCUUUAGUCCUGUGGAAGAACAAACAAUCUUACCUGUGUAAGUGGGAUGCUUUGCAAAACUUUGUCCAUGUUGAAUAAAUGAAAAUCUUUUGCCUAGUG